AUGGAGACUUCCAAGCAAAGACUCAGACGGGCUAUGCGACUGCCUGGCCCAACUAUUGGCUUGAAACGAUCCCAAACAGAUACUACAAAUGGCCAAGCUCAACUGCGCCUUGGUUAUCAGGCUGAAGGUGGGGUAGAGCUGUUGGCAGCAGGUCCACCUCAUCUCCGGCCCAUGCCCACUUCUCUGGAAUACAGAGGCGUGGCAGAGUUGACGGACAACACUGGGUUUGGCACGCAAACAGAGCAUAACGAAGAGAGGCCCUUGACGCUACAACACAAUCGUCGACAUACGGCCGGAGGCAUCACAAGCUCCCUCAACCUACAGCCUGCUCCACGUCUCAACGACACGUACAUGGAACCUGCUGACAUCGACGAGCGACCCAUCAUCAAAAUCGUUGAAACUCCUAGAAGAACAUCAUCAGCGGACGGAAGCGACCUAAUUCAUAUCGAACGAGAUCCAUUCUGCAGGCCAUGGGACUCUAAGUCAAUACUAAAUCGUAUAUUGUCGGAGAUGGCUGUUGCAAGCGCUCGAGAUGCUCUCCAAAGCCUUGGGGUCACCGAUCUGUGGCUACCGCUGUCGAAACAACUACUCAAACGAUCACUGAAUGACCCAUAUCAUGUCUCAGAGUUUCUGAAGCUACAAGAUCGACAUCUCAGUGCGGUUCUUGGGCGUUGGAAGCAACUUGCCCCAGGAGAAGAAAUACAUGAUAUGAUGUUCAAUCACUGCGAGUUUGAGGACGACGAAGAGAUAUUUGAGGAUAAUCGGGUCUUCGGUGAAGGAUUAGUUGGCCUUGUCGAAGAGGUGACAGUACGAUCGCGAGAACCACCCAUUAUAUGCGUGCGGAAGAAGAUCAUGAGACCUAAACAGCUCAAAGCGCAUCAAAAAAUCAUGUCUGCGUUCAUGCGAGAGAUCAGAGUCAUGCGUCAGGUCAAUCAUCGCCACUGCGUACGUUUCCUUGGGAGUUACACGGACAACGAGUCUGUCAAUAUCCUGUCACUCCCCGUGGCUGAGAUGGAUCUUGCUGCAUUACUUGAUAAACAUUUCGGAGAUUAUGAGUGGCCCAUACUCUACAAAGGAAUCGACUGUCUCUGCAAUGGGCUGUAA